CAGGCGAGUCCAACGCUCGCCGUGAACGUCGCCGCUGAACUCGACAAUGGCCACCCCAGGACGUCCGCGCCUCUCUGCGAUCCCCACCCCAGGCAGGGGCUCCGGCAUCCCGACGCCGGGCACAAGAUCGCGCUCGGCAUCGACGAACGCGGGCCCGUACGCGACGCACACGCCCACCGCCGACGCGGACUAUGUCAGUCGCAGCCUGGCCGACGCCAUCAAGGCCAACAACCCGGCCCAGCACCGUCCGUCUCCCUCUGCUACCCCCUGCGCGCCCUGCUGACGUUACAACAGGCGGUCCGCCGCGUCCAUCCUCGGUCGCGUCCUCUGUCUCCUCCGUCUCCGCAUCCCAGCCAGUCCAACGCUCAAAGACGCCCACCUCGCGCCCAAAGAGCCGCACCUCUGACGUAUUUACGCGCAGCCACAGUCGUGCGGGCAGUCGCUCCUUUGAAGUAGGCGACACCGUCAGAAUAGCAUCUUUGGGUUAUGAGGGCACUCUGCAGUACAUCGGCGAGAUUGAUGGAAAGCCUGGACUAUGGGCGGGUGUCGAGCUCGGCGGAGGCUUCUACGGCAAGGGCAAGAACGACGGCAGCGUCAAUGGCAAACGCUACUUUGUAUGCCCUCCGAACUGUGGCGUCUUCGUCUCUACCGCCAAACUCUCACAGCCCACAACCAACCGCCCUUCAUCUGUCGCCUCUUCCUACAGCGGUCGCCAGACGCCAUCCUUCUCUGGGCGUGUUACUCCCUCCUCCACUCAUGCCAUGUCCAUGUCCUAUGCCACGCCCACCCCCGCCGGUCGCGGUCGCAUCACUCCCAGCGCGGGUCGUGUCACCCCAGGUACUACCCCUGGAACCCGCCCGCGCGUCCCAACCCUCCCCAAGUCCGCCGCUCGACCAUCCCUCGCCACGCCAAAGGUCACGGAGGGCUCCCGCGCAUCAAAGUACGCAUCGAUGACCGCCCAGCAACUCAGCUCCCGCAAGUCAGAUGCUGGCUCAGCCCUCAGUCCCCCUCGCGAGCUAGGUAGCCCUGCUCGCCUUGCUUCUCCCUCCCAGAAGUCGCGUACAUCCUCCCCUACACGACCUCCUGGGUCUCCUUUCGCGACGCCAAAACCUGGAUUGCCAGGUCGCGGAAUCCCUGCUUCGCCUUCUUCCAAGGGCCGUACAAUGACUGCACCUCGACCUCGGCUACCCAGCGCCAUCGCGAUGCCUCCUCCAGCUUCACCGAGUUCCUCGACCCGCUCCGUGUCCCUCAACGAUAACUCAACGUCAGGUCUUCUGCGAAAUGGCCGUGCUCUGCAAGACAAGAUGGCUGCCUUGCUGUCUACCGAUCGCCACACACCAUCUCCCUCGCCCCGGCCAGACUCAUCAGCCUCUGCACACUCCUCUGUGAUGAACGAAGAAGUUGAACGUCUGCAAGCGCGCAUCGUCGCUCUGGAAUACGAGAACGAACGCUUGCGGACCGCAUCUCAGGACACUGAAGCCUCGGCUUCCCGCGUCAAGUCCUUACAGGAAGAGCUCACCGAGUCGGCCGCUCGCAUCGCUGACCUCUCUGGCGACCUCAGCGAGGCGAAGCGCUCCCUCUCCGAGCAAACCUCCCUGGCCGAGAAGCACGCCCGCGAGCACCAGGAUGUCGUGCGGCAGCUCGAAAGCCAAAAGAAUUCCUCAGAGAGCACAAUCUCGUCCCUCAAGGCACAAAUGGAGGAGAUGGAAAGUCUUGUCGCAACGCUCAAAGACGCGGUGAAGGAGAAGGAAGGUGUGGCCAGCGAGAACGACGCGACCAUUCAAGCCAAGAACGCCGAAAUCGCGGCGCUCGAUGCGCGUCUCAAGCGUACGCAGAUCGAGCUCCAGGAUGAGCGCCGAGAGCUGUCCGCCCAGGUUGACGAGUUGCGGCAGGCUGGACAGGUAAGUCGCCUCCUCUUGCAUGUCAGAGAUCUCUUGUGACUAACUUCAUUCAGGAAACCAUCGCGCUCUACGAAGAACGCCUUAGCGCCAUGGACACCGAGCGCUAUGA